GCGGCCCCCAUGCGCACAUGAUCGACAAACACAAAAACCAACAGCCUAUAGCCAGCUGCCAGCCUGCGUGCUAAUUAUAAGUAUAACGAUCGACCCCAGCACGCCAAAAAACGAGCGUACAAAUUAAAAGCGAGGCUAGGCCGGGUAUAUAUGUUUGUUUGUUUGACCACCCUACCACAGGGCGGCCGGGAUCAUAUCAUAUCCGAGUUUGUUAGCUAUUAAUUAGCUACGUUGUUGAAAUUCAAUUUGAAUUGAAGAUGAACUACUGGAAGUCUAAGGUUCUUCCCAAGAUCAAGAAGGUCUUUGAUACUAAAGGCGGCGCUGUGAAGAAGGCUGCUGCUGCUGCUGAGGCCUCUUCUGCCUUCGAUGACUCUAAGGAACAGUAUGCGAAAGAGUUGGAGGAGAAAAGGACGGAACUGGAACCUAAAGUUAUUGAAAUCUUUGAAGCUUCUUCCGCUCAGAUAAAGAUAUUGAUAAAAGAACCAACAAAGAACAUAGCUGGGCUCAAGAAGAACUCAGCAGCUGUUCAGAAAUUCCUGGAUGAGCUGGUCAACAUCGACUUUCCCGGAUCAAAGCCGGUCAGCGAAGCAAGUUCAAAGUUAGGGCCGGCUUACGUGUCCGGUCCGGUGAUAUUUAUAUUCGAGAAAGUUGCUGUGCUCAUCCCGGAGGAGAAGAAGAAAGAAAAUGAUGGACUGCCAACAGAGGCAAAAGCAGAUUCCGGCGACGCAAAAGCAGGAGAGGUAGUGGUUGAAGAAGACUCAAAAGCGGCGGCCUCUCCACCGGUGGUUGAGGCUGCUCCGGCGAGUGAACCAGCCACCGCCGCCGCAGCUGAACCGCCAAAGGUGGAAGAGAAACAAGCAACGGUUGAUGAACCAACAAAAGCAUGAUCUUUAAUUUGGAUGGAAACUACUCCCUCCGUCCCACAAAAAAGUUCUCAUUUGGAUGUAUUUUUGGUCAAACAGUUAUACGCUUUGACCAUAAAUUAAAUAUAAUCUAAAUAAAGAAAUGCUAAAAAAAUUUGUGAUAUCAAAAUUAGAUCCUAAGAUGAAUCCAAUUAUAUUAAAUUUAUUUUAUAAUUCAAUAUAUCUUUCUCACAAUUUGUAGUCAAAGCGUGUAAAUAUUUGACUAAAUACUGUUCAAAAUGAGAACUUUUUUUGCGGGACGGAGGGAGUAUUAUAAAUAUACACACACAUAUUGGGUAUAUAGUAGUUUUCCAACACUUUGCUCCUCGUUUAGGUGCUUUUGUGGGUAAAAAAAUUAGAUAUUCAAUUUGUGCAGCGUGAGACGAAACUCAAGUUAUAUUGUGUUGUGAAUUAUGAUGCCAUGUAUUCCUUACAUUUAUUCGUGAUUAUUUACUCGUGCCUUUUUAUGUAUAAUAAAAAUGUUACAGUAUA